AUAAAGAACUCAUCCUUGGACAAUAGUAAAAAUAUUGUUCUGGAAGUGAGAAAAGAUAUUAGAAGGAAAAUGAUAUCUGAAAACGAGAUAAUUCCUUCAAGCAUUCAGAAACUGUUUCUAGGAGAUCAUCCGUUCCAAACAACUGAUUUCAGAGAUAGAGGCGUGCUUUCUGUGUUUAGUUUGCUUCUUAAUAUAUUAAAAAUUUAUGAUUUCCCAGAUGAUGAUUUAAGUUUAUGGGAUACUAAUUACAAAUAUUAUAAUGAUAUAGAAGCUGACUUGAACAGACUAAAGAUCGAAUCUUCAAAGCAUCCAGAUCACAUGUAUACCAGCAAAGCGAUCAAUACACGAGAGAUCACUGAAAGGUUAUCAAAGAUGGUCAUUAGCAAACUAGUGGAAAGUGUAGAAAUUUUUGAUGAUAAUAAGAUUUUAUCGGUCAAAACAAUUUAA